CACAGAUCACAUGACCCAGAAUGCAAGCAAGCACUAGACAUUACUCAUUCCCCCACAUUUACUGUUUGUGCACGACCGCCAUCGAGCCAAGCAGGCCUGUGAAUGUUUUGUGUUUGCAGUGGUGGGGUAGAUGUGUAUGCGUGUGCGGUGCUCCGGCCAGUAUGGGGCGUGUGUGUCUGAGAAGGUGGGCAUCGGGCUCUGCUGUCGUGUUCCUUCACACACUGGCCUUAUCCUGGACAGGUGCAAUUGAGCCCGCCCCCAAAAUUGACGGAUGGCACCGGGCAGCAGUGACCCUGCAGGAGAACGCGACACACCGGUUCAACUGCCAAUCAGAUGGCUGGGAUCCCAAUGCCCCUCCCUUGCUAACUUGGUACCUUAAUGGGGAGCGGCAAAGAGAGACAUCACCCAACCGUGGGCGCCUGGUAAUGACAUCGCAGGAUGAUUCUAAGGUGAUGAGACCGGAGCUCAAUCUCAACAGCACGUUCUCUCUGCGGGCCAAGAAGUGGGACAGGGAGCUGGUGUGUGUCGCAUCAAACCCCAGAACGGGAGAGAGCUACAAUGCCACGAUCACACUCAACGUCCAGUUUCAGCCAGAGAUCCUCAGGGUUAACGCCCACUACAGUGAAACCUCAGACCCCGGCCUCUCCCUGGUCCUCUUUGCCUUGGUGCGGUCCAACCCGCCUGCCAUAAUCACCUUCGUGGACCAGUAUGGCCAGCUGGUGGCCAACACCUCCGACUUCCUCAUCCUGGACUCACGAAGCUACCCAUGGUUGAGCAAUCACACGUUGAAGGUCAUGCUCAGUAGCCUAUCAGGGAAUGUCUCACUGAACGUUAGCAACAGUGUGGGAACGGUGCAGAGCAACCUCACACUGGCAGAGUUCCUGCAGUCUCGUGUGGAGGUGCCCAUGCUGGGAAUAGUGACUGGAGGAGCCAUGGCCUUCAUGGCCCUCCUCAUCCUCAGCCUGAUAGUUCUCUGCCUCAUGCAAAAAAACAAGACCAAGUCCUUUGAUGAGCCAGUGGAGAUUCUGAUGACCAAGAAAAGUGACUCUGCCAAUCUGAAGGUAGAGAAAGCUGAUAAGACCCACAUCCCCAGAGACAACAUGUCUCUGCCUUCCAACAUGCAGCUCAAUGACCUCAGUACUUUGAGAAAAGCUCGAGAGGCCGCGCAGCAGAACAGUGUGGGAGAGAGGAAGAAAGAGGAAGAGGAGGAGGAAGAUCUGUCUUUAGCCUACGCUGCCAGAGGUUUUGCCAGAUAUCCGAUGGUGGGCUACAUCUACAAGGUGAACAGCACAAGCAGUGAGGAGAUCUGGCUCUGACUGACCUCAAAGAUACACAGAAAGAUCACACACACACACAC